AUGGUCCGAAAACUAAAGCACCACGAGCAGAAGCUCCUCCGAAAGACAGACUUCAUCACAUACAAAUCUGACAAUGGCCAUCGCGACAAGGCCGUCAUGCGGCGAUACAUGAUCCAGAAGCCCGAGGAUUACCACAAGUAUAACCGUCUCUGCGGCUCUCUGCGCCAGCUCGCCCACCGUCUAUCACUCCUCCCUCCCGAGAACGCAACCCGCCGCAAGCACGAGGCGCUUCUCCUCGACAAGCUCUACGACAUGGGCGUCCUAUCCUCGGCCUCCAAGCUGUCCGCGGUUGAGAAUAGCGUCACCGUUAGCGCCUUUGCGCGCCGCCGAUUGCCCGUGCUCAUGACGAGGCUACGCAUGGCUGAGACGGUACAGGCCGCGACCAAGAUGAUUGAGCAGGGCCAUGUGCGUGUGGGAACGGAGACAGUGACUGAUCCUGCGUACCUGGUCACGAGGGGUAUGGAGGACUUUGUGACGUGGACUGUGGGCAGCAAGAUCAAGAGGAACAUUAUGAAGUACAGGGACCAGCUGGAUGAUUUUGAGCUGCUAUGA